ACAACAUCACCGAGCCGAGGAAGGUAGCUGCCACUUCGACCCACGGUUACGCCGCUCCGAGCUUCCCCCGCCUGCCCCGCGGCUGUCUGACCGGAAACGAACCUCGACUUUUCUACUGCCAAACAACAGCCUCCCAGCAAGGAUCGACCUCGAAGCUAUAUCGAACCGCAACGAAUCUUAAUUUCUGAUCAGUGUUUACCACAAUGGUCGAGCACGAGCCAGAGCCGAAGCGCUUCUCCCCUAAGGUUCCUGUCCAGCUCGACCCCCCGAAAUAUGACCCCAUAACCGUCGAGGAGCUGUCCAAGUGUGAUGGUACUGAUCCUAACCGUCCCACCUUGGUUGCGAUCAAGGGAAUUGUGUUUGAUGUGACUCGGAACUCGGCAUACAGUCCUAGUGGACAGUACCAUGUCUUUGCUGGAAAGGAUCCCUCCCGCGCCCUCGCCUCUUCAUCGCUCAAACCCGAGGAUUGUAGACCCGACUGGUACGAUCUCGAGGACAAGGAGAAGACAGUUCUGGAUGAAUGGUUCACUUUCUUCAGCAAGAGAUACAAUAUUGUGGGAAAGGUGCAGGAUGCUACGAACUACUGAAGAGAGGAAAUGGGAUAGCAGCAAUGCUAUAAAGUAGCCCUUUUCUAAGACAAGAAUUAUACCCGUGGACUUAUUCUAUUACCAGCUUCUUCCAG